AUGGACAGCGGAGACGACAUUUUUCUGACCCAGUCUGUAUUUACGCCGGAGGAAACGGUAAGAGACGACUUUCAGUACAGAUCUGGGGAGCCUUUAUGUGAAAAAGAUAUAGAAAAGAAAACAGAGGUGGCAGGAAGAAAGAAGACUACGGCCAUGAAAGAAAACUUACUAUUGCCCGCCUCAUGCUUAUACAUGCCAUUAUUAAGAAUGGAUAAAGAAUGUUUGAAUACUGCUCUGAAAUACUUUAUCUUUGAAGCACGAAAACAAAAUGGCUCUGAAUAUCCUGCAAACAGCAUUUAUGCACUCUACGCAGCAAUUCAGUCCUCACUGAGAGAGAAUAGAGUUGUCAUUAAUUUGUUUGAAGAUAAUGAAUUUCGGGAGGCCCGGAAAUGUUUGGAUGCUGCUAUGCGCAACCUCUCUAAGAAAGGAUUAGGAAUUUCCAAUAGAAAAAUGACAAAAAUCAUUUCCAGCGAUGAAGAAGAUUUACUGUGGAAGAAUGGGGCGGAAUUUCGACUUGCGAGGUGGAAGGGAACACCGAGACUAUUUUCAAAGCCACAAAUAACAGGUCCGCACGUGGAUGAGAAGGGUCGACGUUAUAUUUUGUAUAAUGAUGUAUCCAAGACAAAUCAUGGAGGCCUGAAGGACCACAAAGUACCAAAGGAAGUUCGUGCCUACGAAAAUAAUCAACCAUCUAGAUGCUAA